AUGUCUCGCACGGAGACCCCGGACUCCAAGGGCACCGUUGCCACGCUAUUCGCGGGCCCCGGCAGUGCCUCCAACUCCUCAUCGUCAGUCAGUGAAAAUGUUGGUUUUCGCUUCGUUUUGGACCGGACCGUUCAAAUGCUCUCCCAUCAUGGGCUCCCGGACUCGGGGCAUUUAUCCGGUCUGCUAUUUGUGCCAGAUCUGUCACCCCACGAUCCAUGUAAACAGACCACGGGCCCAUUCAUUCCAGAAAACGUGACCCGUCACAAGGAUGUCUCGGGGUUCGGCUAUCCCGUCAUUGGUCUGGCGCCAUGGGUUUCCCCAGAGUGUACUCAAUCCUUUCUGGCCGCCAGCCGAGAAGCAGGCACCAAUGCCCUCGUGUUCUUUCAGCCUUCCAGUAAUGAGUCUGGAAUACCGCCACCCCCAAGCUCGGACCAAUGGAAUUUGCAUGAUGAUGAUGAGUGGAUGAUUGACAACAAUUAUCCUAUAUAUGCCGUGCCCGGCCCAGCCGGGGUGACCCUGAUGAACGAACUCGCAACGUUCUCAGACGGGACUAGCCACAAUCAAACUCAUAACGCUUCUGAUACCUCAACAAAGCCGGUACGAAAGUCAGAUACACGCCUUUUUACGAUGCUUGAUGCGGACAAAGCAGCCGCCUCAUCGCCGAGCCUUUGGAGCUUUGUGCUUGCAAUACUGGGAACAAUAUUUGGCUUGACCUUGAUUCUUGUCGUCUUAUAUCGCAUGAUGCAACGGAGACGGCGAGAGGUACUGCGCCAACGAAUCGAAUCAGGCGAAGUGGACAUUGAAUACCUGGCACUUAACCAGAUCAAAGUGCCUGGAGAGCUUGUGGAAAAAAUGCCUCUUUACACCUAUCCAAAUGUAUCAACAACAGACUCAAAGGAUGAAGUACAUGCUGAAGUGGCCGAGGUCGACCCCCGAAGCAAGACUCCCUCGCCAACACCUGAAGAACACGAGCCGACCUCCCGACCUCCUAGAACCCCCACUGGAAUCCGAAAGCCUCAGGCUGCGGUAAUAAACCCAGUGACCGAUGACCAGUCCACAUCAUCUAGUUCCACUCCCAAUCGUUAUCGACUGAGCCACACUCAGACGACCUGUGCAAUUUGCCUCGAUGAUUUUGUUGUUGGAUCGUCCACGGUCCGUGAACUGCCUUGCGGUCACAUUUUCGACCCCGGAUGUAUCGACCCUUUUCUCAUGGAAAAUAGCAGCCUGUGUCCUCUGUGUAAGAAGAGUGUGUUGCCGCUGGGUUCCCUUGAAAUCCCGGUGACGAACCACAUGCGUCCCACACACAAUCCUCUCUUCUCUUCUUUCGUGAACUUUUCUUGCAGUUGCGACAAACGACCAACCGACGACGAAGCCGACAAGAUGGGUGCCCUCAAGUACGUCGAAGAGAUCCAGAAGAAGAAGCAGUCCGAUGUUAUUCGGUUCUUGCUCCGCGUUCGCUGCUGGGAGCUUCGCCAGCUGAACGUCAUCCACCGUGCUUCCCGCCCCUCCCGCCCCGACAAGGCUCGCCGUCUGGGUUACAAGGCCAAGCAGGGUUACGUCGUCUACCGUGUCCGUGUCCGCCGCGGUGGUCGCAAGCGCCCUGCCCCCAAGGGUGCCACCUACGGCAAGCCCACCAACCACGGUAUCAACCAGCUCAAGUACCAGCGUGCCCUCCGCGCCACCGCUGAGGAGCGUGUCGGUCGCCGCUGCGCCAACUUGCGCGUCCUCAACUCCUACUGGAUCAACCAGGACUCGACCUACAAGUACUUCGAGGUCAUCCUCGUCGACCCCCAGCACAAGGCUAUCCGCCGUGAUGCCCGCAUCAACUGGAUCUGCAACCCCGUCCACAAGCACCGCGAGGCUCGUGGUCUCACUGCUACCGGCAAGAAGUCCCGUGGUAUCAACAAGGGUCACCGCUACAACAACACCAAGGCUGGCCGUCGCCACACCUGGAAGCUCCAGAACACCCAGAGCUACUGGCGUUACCGUUAA